GGAGGCAGUCGUCACGUUAGCAUAGGGUAUCGGCGCUAUUGGUUUUUCAAGCUCAUUUUGAAGAUCGUCGUAUGUCCGGACGGUCGGCUUGUGGGCGGGCGUUGACGAGGCGUUCGAAACUGGGACCCUCGCAAAAGUGGGCGAGUUCCUGCUUAGCUCCGCCCCCGCGUCAAAGCACACGAACUCAGCGACACUGCUUCAAUUUUGCUCAGCUCCUGGGAGUCUCAUCACCACCCUGCUUUUUGCGCAAUUGCCUUUUCGGAUCAUUUUUUGGAAUCUGUAGGUUGCAGCUGAGAAGCGCUAGCGAUUGACCGGCCAUGUGGCGAGCCGGAAACAAGACCUGGCCUUUCUUACUCCUCUGGGCCUCGCUAUGGGCCGGAGCGGCCGCUCGGAACAACACCUCGGGCGAGUGCGACGGCGCCGCUCGCUGCAAGGACGGUGUCAUCUUGAAUGUGUGGAAGCCAGAGAACCCAGCCCCCUACGAGCGCGCGGCCCGAGCCGUCCUCUACUUGGCCGCCAUGGCCUACGCCUUCGUGGGCGUGUCAGUCAUCGCCGAUCGCUUCAUGGCAUCCAUCGAGGUCAUCACGUCCCAGGAGCGGCGGGUCACCCUGAAAAGAGCCGACGGGCAAAAGUACACGGUCACCGUGCGCGUGUGGAACGAGACGGUGUCCAACCUGACCCUGAUGGCGCUGGGGUCGUCGGCGCCGGAGAUCCUGCUGUCGGUGGUGGAGAUCUGCGGCCACGGCUUCGACGCCGGCGAACUGGGGCCCAACACCAUCGUGGGGAGCGCCGCCUUCAACAUGUUCGUCAUCAUAGGCCUCUGCGUUUACGUCAUCCCCGACGGCCAGAGCCGCCGGAUUAAGCACCCUCGAGUCUUCUUCGUCACCGCCGCCUGGAGCGUCUUCGCCUACGCCUGGCUUUACCUCAUCCUGGCCUACUUUUCUCCAGGGGUGGUGGACAUAUGGGAGGGGCUCCUCACCCUCUUCUUCUUUCCCCUCUGCGUGGGCUUUGCCUACGUGGCCGAUCGCCGCCUCCUCUUCUACAAGUACGCGCGCAAGCGCUAUCGAGCCGGCGGCCGGAGCGGGGUGAUCGUGGAGACCGAGGGGGACCCGGAGCCGCCCCGGGAUCGGGCGCGUCCAGAUGGGGGAGAAGACGGUCGCCCGGCCGAGGUCUUCUACCGUCGCUCGCCGACUGCGCCCGGAGAAGGAGAUCCCGACUUCGCCGUGGACUUUGGCCCCGCCGUAGCUACUUCCGACUGGGAUGACCGGCGUGCCGGAGUCUUUGCCUUCGAGGAAGCCACCGUGACCGUCGCCAAAAAUGCCGGCGCGAUGGAGGUCAGGGUGCUCCGGACCUCGGGGGCUCGAGGCAUAGUGAUCGUGCCCUACAAGACCGUGGAGGGCAGCGCCAAAGGCGGCGGCCGAGACUUCGAGGACACUCACGGCGUCCUGGAAUUUGACCACAACGAGACCUGUAAGGUCCUUCGCGUCAACAUUAUCGAUGACGAAGAGUACGACAAGAACAAAGACUUUUGGGUGGAGAUGUACGAGCCACGACUGCUGGAGAUGAGCCGCGAGAAAGAGGAAACCGGCGUGUCGGGGUCAAAGGAGGAAGAAGAGCGGCGGACAGCGUUGCCCGCGCUAGGCCAACAUGCCAGACUACGAGUCGUCAUCGAGGAGUCAUACGAGUUUAAGAACGCGGUGGACAAGGUGCUGAAGAAGACCAGACUGGCCGUGCUGACGGGAACCACAACCUGGAGAGAUCAGUUUACAGAGGCUGUCACGGUGGGCGCAGGCGGUGAUGACAACGAGGAUGACGAAGGUGGUAAGAAUCCGCCCUCUACCGCCGAUUACGUCCUGCACUUCCUGACCGUCUUCUGGAAGCUUCUGUUCGCGCUCGUCCCGCCUACCGAUUACUUGAAAGGCUGGGCGUGCUUCUGGGUCUCCAUCGCGGUUAUCGGCAUCUUGACGGCGGUCAUCGGGGACCUGGCCUCGCACUUCGGCUGCACGGUGGGUCUGAAGGACUCGGUCACGGCCGUGGUAUUUGUGGCCUUGGGCACCUCGGUACCAGACACCUUUGCCAGCAAGGUGGCGGCCUGCCAGGACCGCUACGCCGACGCCUCCAUCGGCAACGUGACGGGAAGCAACGCCGUCAACGUGUUCCUGGGCAUCGGCGUGGCCUGGUCCGUGGCCGCCGUCUACCACCGUACCAAGAACCAGCCCUUCAGGGUAGAUCCCGGAACGCUGGCUUUCUCCGUCACCCUCUUCACCGUCUUGGCCUUCAUCUGCAUCACCGUCCUGGUCUACCGGCGUCGGCCCGAGAUCGGCGGGGAACUGGGAGGGCCGCCGCUGGCCAAGGCGGCCACCGCCACCUUGUUCUUCUGCUUGUGGUUGACCUACGUGGUCUUGUCUUCGCUGGAGGCCUACUGCCACGUCCGGGGCUUCUGACACCAUCUUCCUGGAUGGACGAUGGAUUGAAGGAGGAUCGAUGAAUCAUUGGAUAGAUGCUUAAACGCAUGAUGACGGUGAUUGAUGAACCAGGAUUUACCUGUCUUCUAAGUGCAAAUAAAGAGCCAUAUGCCCUGGUUGGAGGUUUUUC